AUGGCGCCGCACGAAUUGGGUUCGGCUUGGAGCCACGAUUCUUACAACGCGAUGCAGUAUCUACGAGCGCGAACACCUUAUCCGCCCACGAUGACUGAAACUGCAUUCGACUAUCACCAACAGGGCGAUGGCAAAUCCAAAGGCGUGGAUCGCUGGCAAUCGGCUUUAGAGAUCGGCUGUGGACCAGGCCAAAUGUCAGUUCACCUCGCCACACGCUUCGCCAGAGUGUACGGCCAGGAUCCUUCACCAAACAUGCUCAAGCUGGCCAAUACGGUCAAGCACAUGUCGGCUCAAGAGUUAGCCGAGGUGCACCUGCCUCGCGUUCAAGAUCCGACUCGGAUCGAGUAUUUGCAGGCUCGUGGCGAGGAUCCCGUACUGCCUCUGGGAGAAAAGGUGGACCUGAUCAUGAUGGCAGCUUGCAUUCAUUGGAUGGACUGGGAGACACCCGAGGCCAACUGGACCAAAUGGGCGUCGGUGCUCAAGCCAGGAGGGACGCUGGUCGUCACGGGCGGUCGACCGGUCAUCGGUCCCUACACGGGUGAAAAGGGGGAUCAGCUCCGUCCACUCCGAGACUGGCUGCUAGAUUUCCCUCUGAAUUAUCCCGAGAUCAAUGAGUUCUAUGGCACUACCAAGGUCGUCCGAGAAUUACGCAGCGGUGGUCUGUAUCGCAAGCUUCCCAUGCCCUGGCAUCACAAUCCCGAACUCGAGGCACUGUGGGAUCGCGAUUCGUACUGCUGGAUCCCGAUUGACGACUGUACCGUUUUGGGCGAGCAAGCGACUUCUUCGCAGUUGUCCAAAGUCGAUGAUCCUGAACAGUUCACAUGCAUGAUCAACAACCUACCUGAGUGGCUCCGUCCCAGCGUUCGUCGAGCUGCCAAGUGCGACAACUCGCAUGGAGAUCUGGUCAUCACGUUGACCACACCACGAAAAAUGGCAGAUUGGUUGCGAUCCACGUCGGGCUACCUCAAGUUCAUGCAGGACCAUCCUGAACAGCGCAAGUUGAGCCUUCAGGAUCGAGACUUUGCCGCGGUAGAGUUGCAAAAGAUAUGCGACUCGAUCGGUAUCGACUUUGAUGCCGAGAUCGAGUGUCAUCAUUCGGGCGCUCUCCUUGCCAUCCGACGAACUGCCAAAGACUAUCCAUAA